ACGCGCAGCAUCCUCUCGCUUGCCCUCAACAGCACGCACAUCUUCGCGGGCUCGCAGUCGGGCUCGGUGCUGGUGUGGUCGCUGGCGACGUACUCCCUAGUAGCCACACUACGCGGGCACUCUGGCAGCGUGCUGUCGCUACACCUCUCCUCCAGCCCCUCCUCCUCCGGCGAGGGCGAACUCCUCUUCUCCUCCGCCGGCGAUGCGAUCGUGCAAGUGUGGUGUCCGCGCACAUUCACGAACCUGUACACGAUCUAUUCGACAUUCGACGUGGGCGACGUCUUCUGCGUAGCGUACUCGGUGUCCUCGCGGACAGCGUACUUCGGCGCACAGAACACAUCCGUGCAGUGGAUCGACCUGCGCGGCGCCGGCGCCGCCGGCGCAAAAUCCGUGUCUGGCGAGGCCCAUCCGAGCAAGCGCGUGCACCGCUUCUUCGACUCGAAGGGGCCCGGCGGGAGGUGCACGCCCCGGCCCGACGAGGAGGAGGAUGAGGCCGAGGAUCCAGCGGCAGAGGAGGGUGCCCGCGGAAAGACCCUGCUCGAGAUCGAGCCCGCGAAUAUCGUCCAGUACGCGCAUUUUGGGUACGUCUACUGCAUGCAGGUCCUCCCUGCCGCGCAGAUCGGGCUGGGCGCCGGGAUACGCUGCUACACGGGUCUUACGGACGGCGAAAUACAUAUUUGGGAUCUGGACACCUGCCAGAAGGUCAGGAGUGUGCAGGCGCACUGCGACGACGUGCUUACGCUGGCGGUGAAGGGGGAGUGUAUCUUCUCCGGCAGCGCGAGCGGGUUCACGCGGAAGUGGAAUAUGAGAUUUGAGUGUGUGAGUAGGUGGCGGGCGCACGAGGGGCUGGUGCUGGCCAGUGCGGUGACCGAGAAGAACGGGAGGCUGCUGUACAUCACCGGUGGAAAUGACGAUUGUGUCGGCGUGUGGGACGUCGAGCCGUUUCCGGCGAAGGAGGGGGGCAAGGAGGAGCGCGGCGAGGGUGAGGGCGAGUUGCUCAGUUCGCUGGCGAAGCUGGUGGCGCUCCGGACGGUGAGCUCGGAUCCUAGCUGCGCUGAGGAGUGUCGGAGGGGUGCGACGUUUCUGAAGAGUCUGUGUAAACGACUUGGAGCUGCCGCGUCGCUGCUGCCGACGGAGGACGGUCGCAAUCCGGUGGUGUUUGCAAGGUUUGAGGGUGCGAACAGGAAGGCGGAGAAGGGGAAGACCCUGCUGUUCUACGGACAUUACGAUGUUAUUCCGGCCAGCGCCGAGGGCUCGGGUUGGAAAACGGAUCCCUUCACGCUCACAGGCGUCGAUGGCUACCUCUACGGCCGUGGAGUGAGCGACAACAAGGGACCGUGUCUGGCUGCGCUGUUUGCCGCCGGGGAACUGCUGCAGUCGGGGAAAUUGGAGAGUGACAUCGUCUUCCUGAUCGAGGGCGAGGAGGAGUCGGGAUCGAGAGGAUUCAAAGAUACUGUCAGGAAACACAAAGACCUGAUCGGCAAUGUCGACUGGAUCGUGUUCGCCAACUCGUACUGGCUCGACGAUGAUACACCCUGCCUCACCUAUGGCCUUAGAGGAGUCAUUCACGCCACGAUUACCAUCCAGUCCGAAAAGCCGGACCUGCACUCCGGCGUCGACGGCAGCUCGCUCAACCGCGAGCCAACCAUCGAGCUGAUCACCCUCCUCAGCCACCUCACCUCCCCCACUGGCGAGAUCCUCCUCCCCGACUUCAACGCCCCCAUCCGGCCUCUAUCCCCCGCCGAGGAGCGAAUGUACCUGCCCAUCUCGGCCUCGCUCCACGCCAACCCGACAUCGCCCUUCCACGGCCUGCCCCACCAAGAAAUCACCGACCACCUGAUGUCGAAAUGGCGGUACCCCUCGCUGACCAUCCACCGUGUCGACGUGUCCGGCCCCAGCAACAACAGCACGCUGAUCCCACGGUCCGCGUCCGCGACUAUCUCCCUGCGCAUCGUCCCGGAUCAAUCCGUCUCGGGCGUGACCUCCUCUCUCCGCUCAUACCUCACGUCCUCCUACCCAGGCAGCAACAACCUCUCAAUCGACAUAUCGCACAGCGCCGAAGCGUGGCUGGGCGACUUCACCAACUCGGCGUUCUGCUCACUGCAGCGCGCAAUAACGCACGUGUGGGGCGCACAGCCACUGUUUAUCCGCGAGGGUGGAUCGAUCCCCGCCGCGAGAUUCCUCGAAGAGGAGUUUGGAGCGCCGGCUGCGCAUCUGCCGUGUGGUCAGGCGUCCGAUAUGGCGCAUCUGGAUAAUGAGAGGCUUAGGGUUAGGAAUUUGUUUGGUGCUAGGGAAGUGCUGGGCAGGGUUUUUGAGGAGUUGACGGCUGGGACGGUGGCGGAGAAGGGGGAUGAGAUGACGGUGAAUGGGGUGGAUGUGAAUGGAGCAGAUGAGUGAUAGUGAUGGAGACUGUAGGUGAUGGGUUUUGCAUGAUCAAUGGGACUAAUGUAUGGGUAUGAGGGAUUUGGGAGUCGGGAGUUGGGAACUGUUUUGAUUUUGCUGGCUUUGAAUAUGUAUGUAGUUUCUUUUACGUAUAUGUGGCGAUGGAAAUGGUGAUAUAUCGGCUAGAAUCUAGAUCUCCUUUUCCUAAUAGAGAGCAUGAAUACACGGCG